CAGCGGCGGUAUAGGGGCUCUAUAUUCAGCAAUGGCGAUUCGACGGACUCCGCCACCGGCCGCCGUGAUCGCGGUGGCGCUGCUCGCCCUUGCUUCGAUAGCUGCCGCCGAGGUCUACUUCGAGGAGACAUUUGAAUAUGGAUGGGAGAACCGGUGGGUUAAAUCGGAUUGGAAGAAGGAUGAGAACAUGGCGGGUGACUGGAACUACACCUCUGGGAAGUGGAAUGGUGAUCCUGAUGAUAAAGGCAUCCAGACUGCUGAAGACUACAAGUUCUAUGCUAUUUCGGCGGAGUUCCCUGAGUUCAGCAGCAAAAAUAAGGCAUUGGUUUUGCAAUUUUCUGUCAAACAUGAGCAAAAAAUUGAGUGUGGGGGUGGAUAUGUGAAGCUACUCAGCGGUCAAGUUGAUCAGAAGAAUUUCAGCGGGGAGACCCCAUACAGCAUCAUGUUUGGGCCAGAUAUCUGUGGGUACACAACCAAAAAGGUUCAUGCUAUUCUUUCGCGCAAUGGGACGAACCACUUAAUUAAGAAGGAUGUACCAUGUGAGACGGAUCAGCUAACUCAUGUCUACACUCUGAUCAUCCGUCCGGAUGCUACAUACACCAUCCUUAUUGACAACGAGGAGAAGCAAUCUGGGAGUAUAUACAGUGAUUGGAAUAUUCUUCCGCCAAAGAAAAUAAGGGAUCCUAAUGCGACGAAGCCAGAAGAUUGGGAUGACAAGGAGUACAUUCCUGACCCUGAGGAUAAGAAACCGGAGGGGUAUGAUGACAUUCCCAAGGAAAUUCCCGAUCCUGAUGCAAAAAAGCCAGAAGACUGGAAUGAUGAAGAAGAUGGUGAAUGGACCGCCCCAACCAUCCCAAAUCCUGAAUACAAGGGACCCUGGAUGCCAAAGAAAAUUAAGAACCCUAAUUACAAGGGAAAGUGGAAGGCUCCAAUGAUUGACAACCCUGAUUUCAAGGAUGAUCCGGAUAUCUAUGCUUACUCCAACUUAAGGUACAUUGGCAUUGAGUUGUGGCAGGUGAAAGCGGGGUCUUUGUUUGACAACAUUCUGAUUUGCGAUGACCCUGAGUAUGCAAAGAAGUUUGCUGAAGAAACAUGGGGCAAGCAUAAGGAUGCUGAGAAAGCCGCAUUUGAUGAGGCUGAGAAAAAGAGGGAAGAGGAGGAAAACAAGGAUCUUGAUUCGGAUAUAGAUGAUGAUGAGGAAGUGGAUGACUCUGAAACUGAGGCAGAUGCGGAUGCUGACUCAGACAGCGACACGAAGUCUGAAUCAGAUGUGAAAGAGGAUAAAGAACAACCACAGGAGGAUAAAGAGAAGCCACAUGAGGAGAACGAAAAGCCACAUGACGAGCUUUAGAGAGAUGGAUGACGAGCUGUGCUGUCAUUUUUUGUUGCGGUUCGGAAUUACAGGCAAUUUGGGUGGUUUGGUUAACCGAGUUUAGUUUGUCUUAGGGAUCCUCUUCACCUGGAGAAUAUAACCGUUGGACCAUGUAACCUGGAACAUAAAUGAUCUGCUUUCUUGUUGCGCAUGAAAUUAUAAGAAAGGUUUAUUUUCUGAA